UGUCUAGUCCUUUUUACUUGUGGCAUUUUAGAUUAGGGCAUUUGUCUGUUGACCGCUUGCGGUCUUUAGCUCAAACAGGUAUAUUGGGUAAAGUUUCUCCUAGUGAAGUACUGAAUGUCGGGAGUGUAAACUUGCCAAAAUAAUAGCCUUACUUUUUCGUGAAAGUACUUCUAUAUUUGAUAUACCGUUUUCUUUAGUUCUUAUUAAUGUUUGGGGUCCUCUUGUUCUCACUAAAUGGGUUCUGCAUACUAUGUGUCAUUUGUUGAUGAUUACACCGAUUACACUUGGGUUUAUCUUAUGACUCAUAAGUCCGAUUUCUAUCAGAUAUACCGUACCUUUCAGUCUAUGAUUAUUACUCUGUUUGGGUGGGUCUACAAUUAAAGUGUUACGGUCUGAUUUGGGUAGGGAAUAUUUUAAAAAUGAGUUAUGUGAAUAUAUGGCCAAUUUGGGUACCAUUCACCAAACUUUUUGUACAGAUACACCUGUCCAAAAUGGUCGAGCCGAGUCUAAACACUGUCAUCUCCUUGAGACAGCUUGGUUUCUUCUUCUCUCUGUCUUAGUUUCGGCUCCGUUUUGAGGGGAGGCAGUUCUUACUGUUGCUUUUAUUCUCAACCACAUGCCUAUUCCCCUUCUUUCUAGUCGGUCUCCUUAUGAGGAUUUGUUCUCCCAAAUUCGUAAUUACUCCCUUCUUUGCGUAUUUGAUUACAAUAAGACCUUAGAUUAUAUAGCCCUAACUCCUAAACCAAAAAGGAAAAUAUAAUCACGCCUCUAGUAGGAAAAUACAAUCACGCCUCUAAUAUGUACAACCACAAUCAUGCCUAAUUUAGAAUAUACACAAUAUAUUCUCACAGUAACCUCAGGAUAGUUGUUGACUUUUUUCUUUUAGAUAAACUUCUACCUCUAAAGCAUCACCAUAGGCAUCCUCUUGAUUCUCAUCAGAUAGUAACAUCUUUCUACUAAUUUUAGGUCUCAACACUAAUUGAAUUGAUCCUCAAGAAUAGAAGCGUUAUGACUAGUUUCUGGUUGUAAGAGAGACUAGAACUUAAUAAAGUAUUCACACACAGUAGAAUCUUAUUGCCUACAAUGUUGGGUACUAUUAACGGUGGUACAGAAUAGACGCAUUGAUCUCUCAAGGGCAGUCAAGUUAGCUAGAUGAACCUCAAAAGUGUUUGUGUGGUCGCGAAUAUUAAUCAUGUGUUCUUGACAAGAUGGGAUUUUUUAAAAUUUAUUAUUAAGAAACAUAAGACAAAGAUGAAACAAAGGCACGAUAUGAUAAAUAUAAGGAAUCAUAUGACGCAAAUUUAGAAAUAGGAUGUUGAGUGCAAGUUCUAACACCUUUUCUAAUAGCAUAGGAAGAUUUGAAUCAUCAAUAGGAAUAGUAGGAGAAGUUACCAAAGGCUCAUUACCUGAAGAUUCCAUAAAAGAAUUAGGAACUGGAGUUGGAGGUAGUGAUUGGCAUGGUGGCACAUAGGUUGACUGUUCCCUUUAUCACCAAGAGGUUGACUGUUCCCUUUAUCACCAAGAGUAGGUCUGAAGAUCUGGUCUAUCCAACCUAUUAGACUCCCCUUGAACACAAUCUGGUCUAUCCAACCUACUAGACUCCCUUUGAAUACACUUACUCAUACCCUCUUCAUAAUUUGCCGCCUCGUCCCUCUCAAUGGUAGAAAAGAAUGGAUCAGAAGAAACAAUCUCUUUCGAAGAAACCUCCCCCUGAAGAGAUUGGUCCUCGAAGAAUGGCUCAGACUCACAAAAAGUGACAUCCAUGCUAACAUAAGUUUUGCGAGAGUGUGAGUCAUAACACUUGUAGCCUUUUUGGGUGGAGGAAUAACUAAUGAAGACACACCUCAGAGCCUUGGAGUCCAGUUUGCUCCGAGUAGAACAAAGUAAACACAACCAAACACCUUAGGAGGAAGGGAGUGAGGGGGUACAGUGAGGAAGGAAGGUAAGGGGUUGCUGAAAUUGGAGGACACUAGAAGGCUUGCGGUUAAUGAGAUACGCAAAGGUGAGAGCAACAUCACCCCAAAAUGGUUUAGGAACUUGCAUUGUGAACAUAAAGGCACGAGCAACCUCAAGAAGGUGACGGUUUUUGUGUUUAGCAACACCGUUUUGUUUAGGAGUGCCAACACAACUGGUUUGAUAAAGCAUACCAUGAGCUUUAAGAUAUGCCCAAAAGUCACCGUCAAUAUACUCAGUACCAUUGCCACUCCGGAGGACUUUAAUUUCAGUGGCAAACUGUGUACGAAUCAUCGUAUGAAAUGUUUGAAAGCAAGAAAAUACCUCACUUUUGGUGUGAAGCAAGUAAACCCAAGUGACACGAGAAUAACAGUCAAUAAAAGUGACAAACCAUCGAUAACCAGGCACAGACAUAACACGAGAGGGACCUCAUACAUCAGAAUGAAUAAUCAUAAAAAGAAACAAACUUCUUUUAUUAACUGAAGGAUAACAUGAUCUUUAUGUUUUGCAUACUUACAAAUAUCACAAUGAAAGUUAUUUCUAUCACAAUCCUUCACUAAACUAGGAAAAAGUUUAUUCAAAACUGAAAUAGAGGGAUGGCCUAAACGCCUAUGCCACUAAUGUAAUAGAGAAAGGGAUUAAGUGUUGGUUGUUUGAAGAGCUUGGCUAGUGACAGAAGAUCCACCAUCUAGAAAGUACAGUCCCCCAUGUGCUCUACGCUGCCAAUCGUUCUCCCUGUACUCAGUUCUUGAAAAACACCAUGAGAAGGGAAAAAGGUUACAUAACAAUUUAAGGAAUUGGUAAUAUGACUAAUAGACAGUAAAUUAGUAGAGAAUUUGGGAACAUAAAGAACAAAGGAGAGGGAAAUAGAGGGUGAACAGUGAAUAGAGCCUGUCCCAGACGCAGAGGAUAAGGACCCAUCGACUUUUACUUUAUCUUUGCCUGAACAAGGAGAGUAAAAGUGGAAAAGGGUGGACAAACAACCUGUUAUAUGAUUGGGUAGCACCGGAGUCAAUAAUCCAAGGAAAGGAAGAUAUAACACUCAAGGCAUGCAUAGGAAUACUUGUGGAAGCAAAGUUAGGGGAAGGAGGAUUAGAAGUAGAAGCAGGAAAAGAAUAAAGCUGAGCCAUCAGAAGCCGAAGAGUAUGUAACUCAUGGGAAAAAGCUGUAGGAUCACCAAAAGUACUAGGAGAGGAUUCCAAUAGGUGUGCAUAAGAGCGAACAGUACCUCCGCGACCACUAGUACCACCACGGCCACCAUUUCUCCUUCGGUUAGUACGACCAUGUAACUUCCAACAAUGUUCCUGAUCAUAUUGUUCUUUCCCACAAUAAUCACAGAUAAUCUGAUCACGAGCACUAGAAGGACCUUUGCUCCCAGACUCAGACAAACUUGAUUUCCCAUUUGUGGGUGUAGAAGAGACAACUAAAGCAAACAGGUUUUGAAAAGGUUGAUGAACCAUAGCACUCCGCUGGUUCCCUUUUUUCAGAACAUAAGCAUAGGCCUCAUGCAUGGUAGGAAAUGGUUGGCGGUUGAGAACCUGAACAUGAAUCUGAUCAUAUUCCAAGUUGAGACCAUCAUGAAAAUCAUAGACAUGCUCCUUGGACACCAUCGGCUAAAAGGUAGCAGCAUCUUGGGAACAAACAGCUUGGAAGUUUUGAUAAUAAUGAAGUUCUUGCCACAAACUGCUCAACUUGGCAUAAUACUUAAUUACUGGGAGACCCCUGUCAUGCUGGAUGCUCCUGUAUCUGGAGGGGUUCUUGCUGCUGAGGCUGGAACACUUACUUUCAUGGUUGGUGGCUUAGAGGAAGCUUAUCUGGCUGCAAAGUCCUUGUUCCUCUCAAUGGGCAAAAGCACAAUUUAUUGUGGUGGAGCAGGAAAUGGUUCUGCAGCAAAGAUUUGCAACAAUUUGGCAAUGGCUGUGAGUAUGCUUGGGGUGUCAGAAGCCUUUUCACUUGGCCAGUCUUUGGGAAUUUCAGCUGGUACUCUGACAAAGAUAUUCAACUCCUCAAGUGGUCGCUGUUGGAGUAGUGACAGUUAUAAUCCAGUGCCUGGAGUUAUGGAAGGGGUUCCUUCUUCAAGGAAUUAUAAUGGUGGCUUUGCGUCUAAGCUUAUGUGCACAAAAUUUGUAUUCAUCCAGUUCAUUGGUCAUAUUUGUCUUUGGUGUUUACAGGCCAAAGAUUUAAAUAUUGCAUUCGCAGCCGCCACAGAAGUUGGUGUUAAAUGCCCAUUGGCAUCUCAUGCAAAAAAAAUAUUCACGGAGCUCUGUAAUCAUGGUCAUGGAAUGGAGGACUUCUCCUGUGUCUUUCGCCAUUACUACUCAGGCAAGGAGGAGCCUUAAUUUUUUUUAUUAUUAAAAAUAAAAUAAAAUAAAAAAAGGUUUCUUUUGUUUACACCUUAAUUUUCCCAUUGUCUUGAGAUCUCAUUGUUAUUCCCACCAGUAGCUUUGAUCUGGUUUAGUUAAUAAAAAAAAAAAAAAGUUUCUUUUGUUUACACCUUAAUUUUUCCUUUGUCUUGAGAUCUCAUUGUUAUUCCCAACAGUAGCUUUGAUCUGGUUUAGUUAACCUCCUGCAUUAAGGAGGUUCAUUAUUGAAUAAUUGUUGUAAGAAAUGUUUGUAAUUUUUCUUUUGUUGCAAACUCAAUGGGAAUGUUCAGCCAAUUUUGUUCAUCA